AUGGCUUCCUCUACUACAACCACAAUAAUCCAAUUAAAUGCCCCAACACACUUCCCAAUUAGACUCACGACCGUGAAUUUCCUGGUGUGGCAGCGUCAAAUUCAUGCCACACUUGUUGGGUUUAAUCUCUUUGGCUAUGUUGAUGGUACAACUAAGGAACCAGCUAAAUCCACUAAUCAUGCUCAAACUUCUGUCAACCCGGCUCAUUUAGCUUGGUAUCGUCAAGACCAAGUUAUUUUCAGUGCUCUACUUGGGAGCUGUAUUGACACCAUACAACCCCUUAUCUCCUCGGCUACGACAACCCAUGAUACGUGGCAACGUCUUGUUGCUAGUUACGCCAGUGUCUCACGAGGACGUAUCAUAUCCCUCAAGGCCAAAGUCAAGAGGAAUCCGCGAGGGUCUCGAUCCAUCACCACUUAUCUCAAUGACAUGCGAGCCAUAGCUGAUGAUUUAGCAUUGGCUCAGUGUCCCGUAUUUGACGAAGAUCUAAUCGUCUAUGUAUUGACUCAGCUAGGAGAGGAUUAUAGUUCCAUCACAUCGGCCAUCCUCGUUCGUGAGAAGCAUCUUUCUUUUGGCGAGUUGGCAGAUGUCCUGACUAACCAUGAACGCCAAUUGACAGACACAGAUGCUUUGCGUCAGUCCUUUUUUACUACUGCUAAUGUUACUCAACGCACCUCGUCACCCCCGCGGCGCAACCACCAGUCCAACACCAACCGGAGGGCCCGCAACAAUAACAAUCAUUAUGGCUCUAAUCGGCAACAAGGGGGGAACACAAUCGCUUAG